CCCUGACGCCGCCUUCUCCGAGGACGCCAACAUGUGUGGCUACCUCGACGGGCUCCGCUCCCAGUUGGGAGGUUGGACGCAGAAAGUCAAGUCUUGGUACUGGGGAAGGCCUCUCGAGCUGGCGCACAAGCUGAGCCGCAGCUUCGACAUGAAGGAGGAGCAGCAGAUGCUGGAGGGCGAGGCGGCCGCCGUGCGCAGACACCAAUCCAUGCAGCGCCUCUCCAGGGCCGACCUGCUCGACGCCAGGCACCACGAAGACGUGGGCGCGCUGGUGGUGCCCGACCAGCAGGGGAACCUGCGCAUCACCGUCAAGAAGACCAAGCCCACGCUCGGCAUCGCCAUCGAGGGAGGCGCCAACACCAAGCACCCGCUGCCGCGCAUCAUCAACAUACACGAAAAUGGUGCUGCUUUCGAAGCAGGUGGUCUUGAAGUGGGACAGCUGAUCCUUGAGGUGGAUGGUCAGAAGGUGGAAGGCAUGCAACACCAGGAUGUUGCAAGACUGAUAGCAGAAUCUUUUGCCCGAAGGGAGCGGAGUGACAUCGAGUUCCUUGUGGUUGAGGCAAAAAAAUCGAACCUAGAGCCAAAGCCGACGGCACUGAUCUUCCUGGAGGCCUAGCAGUUGCUCUCCCUCCCUUGAGCCUGAGCUGCAACAAACCUCCUAGUCCUUGUGUCUGCCCUCCAGCACUGCUGAACUUAUCUUGCCAGGAAUUUGCUUGGCCCAUGCACUCUGACAUUGUAAAUAUUGUGUGUCAUGGGACAUACCCACUCUGCUGCUGUUUCCUAUCAGAGAGAAUGCAAACUGCUUUAUGUGUCACCUUUAUGAAUGUAAAAUAAUCAAGAGACAAGGAAAGCCUUGGAAGAUUAUGAGGAGUGGACCAGCAAGUGCCUACCUGUAAACAUAGCCAGCAGUCAGUCUGAGUGUUUUUCACAUAAUUUAUGUUGUGUAAUCUUAAGUAGUGUUAAAUUUGGAGGGAUUACAAGGGUGAUGGCUGUUGUUUGUUGUAGAUCUGUUAACUGUAACACAGUUUCCAAAAUGGUUCUAGGGAAGGGAGUAAAAAAUAAAUCCUUACUGUGCAGCUGAAACUGCAUAUUCCCAUUUUGUAUACAUCAAAGGUUUACUGUGCAACAAACUAGAUUCAUUACAAAAUCGUUAUUUGACAAAACAUUUGUAAUCUACAUGCACACAAAAACAGAACAGACAUACACAAAAAAAAGAAAUCACAUAGUUUAGGAUGCUGCAUUCUUUAGAACAGUUCCUAGAAAAUGUAUUUUUUUAGAGUAGUGCUACAGAUUAUGAAAGGAAAAGAUGCAUAAGAUCAAAUGUAACAAAAUGGGAAGUGUUUCUUUCAGUUACUGUUAAUAUGUGGUCAGAUUUUUUAUGCUGUUACUAUACUUACUGGUGUAUGUAUGCUGUGAGAGUUGAUGGCAGAUAUUGUCAACUGUUUUAUGUAUGCAAAUUUUAUAUGUAUGCUAAUGUGACAAAGUGUGCCAAAAUAGACAGUAAACAAAACUGUGAAAGAUCUAUUGUAACUUUGUGCUUUUUGAUGCAGAUUUAUUACACACGCAGUGAACUUACAUAAAUUUAUAUCCUUGUCUAGCCUACUAACUGCCUCAAACUGAACCAUGAUGCACUUGUCUUACCCAGUUCACUGUGCAUUGUUAACUGUAGAUAGGUGUUGCUACUGUGUAAAUGUGAUGUCAGUGUGUGAUUUUAAGAUGCUGAUAUAUUUUGUUAAAUGCUUGCAUUUGAAUUGACCUAAUUCAGUUUCACAAUCUUUGUUGAAAUAGCCAUUUUUGUAUUUUGAAACUAAUGUUUCUUAUAGAUUAGUGGGUCACAUUAGAGACACUUAAUGCUUGACUGAAACCACAGAAACUGAAACCCACAAAAUUUGUCUCAUUCUUGAAUCAAUGAAAUAUCAGUGAUGUGCACAACAUAUUGAAACUGGAUCUGACCAACUGUAAAGGCAUGCUUUAAAUACGGAAAAGGUAGUAACAAAAUGUGUUCGUUAGUAAGAACUAAUUUCUAAGUUGCUGUGAAAAAUUUUAUUUUCUAUGUUCAUAUGCAAUGAAAAUUUUUUUUCUCCACGUAACAUAGAAUAUUCAGCUAAAACUUGAAAGGGCCUAAUUGUA